AUGGACACAAGACAGUGCUCGCUACUCCCUUGUGAUGUAGAUAGCCUCAGGAAGGAAGUUCAACUGAGGGUAACCCCUUCGGAGUUGAAGUUCCAGGAUACAGUAUCUGGGAAAGUGUACCGCCUCCCUCUUACUGUACACAAUUUGGGCCGCUGGAACCAGAAGUUCAGGUUUCAAGAGCCAGCAAAACCGCAGUUCAAACUGUUGUUGACCAAGCUGGAUAGGGAACUUGCUUCUGGCCUUCACAUGAGAGCAAUAGUAGAAUAUCAUCCUAAUAAAGAUGAAGACACAUUUGACCACAUGUUUAUUUUUGUAGGAAAUAAAGUACUAGAGAUUCCUCUAAUUGGUCUGAUUCCAACAUGUCAACUGGAAAUUGUGCCAGUAGUAGAUUUUGGCACAAUAGUUGCCAACAGUAAAGUGCAUUGCAAAGAGAUUAGUAUUGUUAACCAUGGCAAGGCUCCAGGCAUGUUUAAAGCAGAAUACUACGGUCAGUUACCUAUUGUCAUUUCUCCAAGUAGUGGUAUUGUGAAGCCUCAGUCAUCAAAGGUCAUCAAAGUAGAUUUCUGUGCAGACCGGGCCCACACUGUAAAUGAAAUGGCAAGAGUUACUUUGCAAGGUCUUCCUGAUACAUUCUUGAACAUCAAAGUUCAUGUGGUUGAACAGAUAAUUGAAGUGUUUAACAUAGAAAGUGACAAGAAAUUGGAAUGUAUACAGUUUGGUGCUGUGUUCUUUGGAACAUCAAAAAUUGAGCAUGCACUUCUGUUUAACAAUAGCCCUGAAACCAUUAACUGGGUGGCAAUAAUGCAAAAUGAUUGUGUUGGAGAAGAGCUGGGAACAAAUAUUCAUCAAAGGACAGAUGUUGCUUUAAAUAAUCUCCCUUACUUAAACAAAAUAAAGAAAGUCGAUGUGACUGAUUUUAUCUUCUGUGUUCCCAACGAAGGAACUUUACUUCCUUAUCAAAAGAUUGUUAUUACAUUUUGCUUCAGCCCAAAGCUUGUAGUUGAUGUUCAAAGGGAUGUCGGGCCUUCACAUAGGCAAGACUAUGCUCUCUUUGUGAGAUUUGAUUCUGUGGGAAGUAAAGAUGGAUUUUUAAGAGAUGAUAACUCUGACACCAUGAAAAGUAAUCAACUUCAAAAAGUGGAGUUAGCACUGACAGGCUCUGGACUUCCUGUCUUAGUACAGUUUGAUCCUGGAAAAGAACUGACUUUUGCACCUUGCUACAUGGGUGAACAUUCGGAAAGUCUGUGCGUUAUAAAAAAUCAUUCCAUAUCACUCCCUGUGCUAUACCGUUUUCAAAGAACUCCACACUUUAAAAUGUAUCCUGAAAAGGGCAAAAUUGAAGAAGGAUGUUUUCAGAAUGUGAUAUGUUCAUUUGUUCCACAUCAAAUUGGUUUAUUUAAAGUGAAGAUACUGAUCGAGAUUAUCGGACCAGUAGCAGAUGAAAGCUUACAGUCUUUGUCAAUGAAACCUUUUCAUUAUAUACAUUUAGAAUUCAACAGCACUUGCAAAGCUUACACUAAAAAAGUUGGAAUGAAAAUUAAUCAUGGUUUAUCUCCAUUGAUUAGUAAUCCCACGAGACAAUUUGUGACCAGAGAUUCAGAGAAAAAGGAAGAUCUUCCACCUGUAGCAGCAAUGCUAAGGUCAGCCAUGACGAACCUUCAUAAUCAUCACCUAAAUGAUGAAUCAGUGAAGGAUGCACUUAUUGCCUUUCCUAAUGAUAGAGCUGCAAGUAUCAGGUCUGGAGAUCACCAUGAACAUUUCAGGACAAUUUUCACAAAGAUGCCAAGGUAUGAUUAUGUGGAUCCUGAUUUUGAAUACACUGAUUUGGAAAAACUGGAAAGAAAAAUACAUCAAGAUCACUAUGUAGACUAUAUUAGAAAUUCAAGAAAUGCACGCCUACAGAAAGAAGCACAGAGGGAACUCAGAUUUCUCCUUAACAAAGAAGAUAUAGGCAUGCAGCCAUCAUCUAGUCUAAGGUCACCAUCACCAUCUCAAUCACAAACAAAAGAGGAGAUACCUUCAUCUUUAAAAGCUUCUUCUCUCAGAGGUAAAAGAUUGCUAAGCACCAAGAAAAUGGCAAGCAGGGAGUCAGAAUGUCUGGAAAGAAAGAUCACCCGAAGACUUAAAUCAAAGCCAACCACUCACCAUGAAAAACAUGACUGCAGCAAAGUUUUGACACCAAAGCAAAUUCAUCAAGUAAUUGUUGGACCAUCUGUACUUAAUUUUGGUAAUGUUUGUGUGGAAUCUACAAAUACUCAGCUACUUCAUGUUGUUAAUAUGCUGCCCAUGUAUGUAUUGAUCCAGUUAGAUAGUGAUUUGGAAGAACUUCAGAAAACCAACCAAUUUUCAUAUGUGAUCCCACCUACAUCUACUACAUAUAUUUCAGUGGUGUUUGAAUCUUCUACCAAUGGGAAAUUCUGGAAAUCAUUCACAUUUAGAAUUAACAACGUAAAUGGUGGACAUAUCCUAGUGUCGGCUGUCAUCAUGCCUCCAAAACUUGAGAUGUCUUCUAAUGAGAUUGUAUUGAGACCACAAACUUUCUUGUUGAAAACAUGUUUUCGGGGAACAGUUAGACUCUAUAAUCAUCUGAAUCUCCCUGCUCAGUUUGGGUGGCAACCAGUAAAUGCACUGAAAGGAAUUGCAUUUACUGUUCGUCCAGCCAAAGGUGUUGUUGAUCCAUUUUGUUCAUUGGAAUGUGAAGUCAUCUGGCAUCCAGGUUUUAGUUCUCCAGAGACAGGAGAAUUUAUGCUUCAAGUUUCUGGAGGAAAUACUUUGACACUGAUAUGUACUGCACAUGUUGGUCACACUAGAGUCAAGCUUUUAGAGCCAAGAAUAAUAUUCAGUAAUAGUUCCCAAGGUUUAACUAAUUGGAGGAAAGCCGUUCUUCACAAUGUAGGGCAAAACCAUGCUUAUUUUAAGAUUGAUGGUCAUAAUCUUUUGCCUAACAUUAAUAUUGUUCCAUCAGAAGGAAUAAUCCCAUUUGGGGAAAUAACUGUUCUUAAUAUCUCCUGUACACCUACUGUGGCAGAAAAAUUUGAUACAAGAGCAAAGGUUGCUAUUCGCGAUGCAAAUGUAAUAGAUCUUAGGAUUGGUGGAUCUGUUGAAAUUGCUGAUGUUGAAAUCACACCUAAUAUUUUUAAUUUCAGUGGUACCUAUAUUGGCAGUACAGAAACUAUUACAUUUGUAAUAAAAAACAAAGGUGUGACACGUGCCAAAGUGGAGUUCAAUCUAAAAGAUUUUCCACUUUUUGCAAUGGAUUUUAAGGGACAUGCAGGACAGUGCAAAAAUCCAGAAGUUCCUCAUAUGUAUGCAAUAGAAAUAGAAGAAAGCACGUCUGUGGAAUGUGGCAUAACAUUUUCUCCUGUAGAAAUAGCAACAUACGAAUUUAGCUUUCCUGUCUAUAUUAAUUCCUUUAAGGCUUCAGAGCUUUACUCCAAAUAUUUGUCACAGAAAAAGAUUUUAAUGCCAAAAAUAUCACCACUUAUUCCACCAUGUUUUGUUCAAGCUACUGUGUUGCAAGCACCGCUGGAAUUAUCCAGCACUGUAUUUGCCUUUAAAAUACCAUUACACGAGCUUCAAAAUAAUAAGAAGAUCACAGGAAUUCAGGCUCUUGUCUUAUUUAAUAUUUCAAAAAAACCUGUUCAGUGGUCUUUGGAUAUUGGCAAAACUGACACAUAUUUCAAAACUGGCAUAUUCAAAUUUACUGCACUGAUUGGAAGUCUGAAACCAAAUGAAAAGUAUACUAUUUUAUUAUAUUUCUGUCCACAAGAGCCUAUAACAUACCUAGCCGACGUUGCUAUACGAUUAAAUGAUAAUUUAUCUGACUAUACAACAUUAAAACUGAUUGGAGAGAUACAAUUACCAAAGAUAUUUUUUGAUCCACCAUUUGUAUGUUUUACUCCUGUUCCUUUGGAUAUCACAGCUGGGGUAGAUAUCAAAAUUUUGCCACAAAACUAUUUCAGUAAUUCAGUUCUACAAUUCAAGAUUCCCACUGUAAUGCUUCUUGACGAUGAUGAAAUUCAACCACUUACUGUGACAUUUCCAAAAGGCAGAGUUAUAACUGGCUCUAGUACCGGAAUUAAUGAUGAGCUACUAUGUCAUAUUAGUUUCAGUUCAUCUAAACCUGUUUCCUUUUUUGCUGAGCUUCUGUUUUGUGAUGAGAGAGAUAACUGGUUUUCCCUUCCAGUUACUGCAACAGCAGAAAAUUGCAUUCUUACUAUUUAUCUUUAUUUGGCAACUCAUCUGGACAAGCAGAAAGUUAUUGUAAAGGAUGAAGAGGAAGGACAUACUACACAGCCUACAGGAAGCUUUUUGAUUCCUGAAAUUCCAUGCCAGGAUUCCAAAUCAUUUUCUCCAGAGAAGAGAGAAUCUCUUGUUUCCAAGAUUACUGAUGAUGCUGAACCUACUCAUGGGAACCUAUUUGUUGGGAUUGAAAUUGCACGUGAUUCUUCGGACUCAGAUGAAAGUAUUUCAGAUGGAGUAAAUUUUGUAUCUCUGGAAAAUGAAGAGAGGAAUCAAUUCUUCUUUGCACUUGAAGAAGGAUCAAAGGCUUUUAACUAUUUUCAGAAUGUUGUGAAUGCAACUGAGACAUGGUUCAGUCUCUUUGGCUGGCCUGGAGGGCCCCAUUCUCUUUCUAUUCCUGAAGCAAUAAGAAGGGAUGUGCAGAAAAUACAAUUUUAUUCAGCAUCCUCAUCACCUAAGAAGUUUUCCAGACAGUAUGAUUUUUAUAAAUAUAAUAAGACAAUUUAUGAUGUGAUUCUGCACUUGAGUGGAAGACUUCCACCUGGAAUUAACUCAAAUCAGUCCUUACCAAUGGAUAAUACUGAAAGGGUGAUACAGCUCCAUUCACAACAUGCCUCACUUCUAGACUUUAUCACUGCUCAAGGUGGAUGCAUUUCUCAUGUAUUGCCAGAAUUUUUGCUUGAACCAGGAGAUUAUAAGAAAUGGCUUGAAAUUACAGCAUCCACUAAAAACAAGGCUCUCUGUACACUUAAGAGAAAAUGUUCUGUUAAUAUAGAUGUCGAUAAAUUUGAAGCCUUUAGUAAACGGGCAUGGACAGAUGUAUUUCUUCAGAUAUACAAGGUUAUGAUUCUAUAUCGGGUGACACCACAUUGCUACAAUUCUGCAACAAACAUGUGUGGAGAUAACAUAUCAAAAAUCAAUCCUUGUUUUACAUCCAGCAACAUAUAUUCUAAUUCAGAAAUGAUUCUACUUAGUUGGUUGAAUACAAAUUAUGAAAGUCAUCGGCAUAUUGUAUGGAAGAAUAACAAAAGUGGUGUUCCUUCUGAGAAAUGGAUAGUAAAUUUUGACACAGACCUUUCUGAUGGCCUUGUUUUUGCUACACAGCUUGCAGCAUACUGCCCAUUUUUGAUUGAGUCUCAUUUUAUAAAUAUGUAUACACAACCAAAAUAUCCCGAACAGUGUUUGCACAAUUGUUUGAUUAUUAUAAAUAGUUUUUGUGAAAUUGGCUUUGAUUUCAGCAUACAGGCCAUUGACAUCUAUGAUCCAAACCCAGUGCUGAUGCUAAUGCUCUGUGUCUACAUGUAUGAAAGACUCCCUGAAUACCUCCCCAAGAAAGUGGUACCAUUCUCUUGUACUCUGUAUGAUUCUGUGCUUGCAAAGAUUUUAGUGAAAAACCCAAGUGUGAAGAAUUUAGUGUAUACAGCUACAAUUGUUGGAAGAGAUGCUGCUGACUUCUGUCUCACACAGACAGGGAAGUUUAUAACAGUUUCCCCAAAAAACCAAAUUGUCCUCGUUCUGAAAUUUUUAAGUCACUUCCUCCAUCCUUCUGAAGCUACACUAUUGUUAAUUUCAAAACAUAAGGGUGGAAUAGGAGGCAGUACAAUGGCUUUUGCUCUAAAGGGAGAAGUACUAAAUUUUAAAGCAAUUGAUAUUUUAAAAUAUAAAGUUCCUUGUUAUCAAAGGAAAGAAGUUACUGUGAAGGUGAAAAACCCCUUUCCAACUGGUGGAGAGUUUCGUGUCAUUCUUGUGGAGUCCACAACACUUAUGUAUUUGCCGUCACAUGUAACUGGAUCUUCAAAAGUUACUUUCCUCCCUGAUCAAGAAAUGAGUAAUAAUUAUGAUAGUGAUAGGAGUUCUUUCCAUGCAGACAAAGGCAUAAGAACCUCAAUUAAGUCUAACUACAUCAAAGAAUUCUUCUGUCCAGUGCAUACAAUUUUCAUGGAAGCAAAAGGAUCCUCAAGCCUGGAGAUUUACUAUCUUCCCUUUGACAUGCAUAUUCGCUAUUGUGCCAUCAUCCUGAGCAACAAACUGAUUGGAGAUUUGAUAUAUAUUAUAGAAGGAAAUGGUUUGCUACCCUUGCCUUCCAGCUUUCUUUCAACAAAGCCUCAAAGUCCAAUUGACUACAGCAGCUCUCUAGAAGAGUAUAAUAAGGAAGAUCCAGUUCUAUAUUUGAACUGCAAACCACAUCAAAUCCUUAAUUUGGACCUUAAAGUAUCAGUGACUAAUGAAGCUAAGGAAAAGGCUUUGGUUUUUGCAGCUCAGCAACAGAUGUCAACUCUUGAGUAUGAACGAAGGGCUAUCACUGACACUCUGGAGAGCAGUACCAUUCGUGUGGCCAUUGCCCUCCUCGGACUAACCAAGAUUGAGUGCCUUUUGCUCUUUAAUAUGUCAUAUUUGAAGAAGCCUAAAUCCAUUUUAUAUACCUCCGAAUUGAGCCUUCCUGAACAUUUUAAUAUACCCAGGAAAAUUUACAUCCCUCAGAUUACAGAACCUCCAGCUCUCCAUAAUCAAUCUCUUGAAAUUAAACCUCAAAUAAAAACAGGUAUUCAAAACUUUGACUACUGCCUUUAAAAUAUUUUCCUACCUUUAGAAGGACCUGCUUCAAUUCCUCUACGAUUUGCUCCUCUUGGGCCUGGAAGAUACCCUUGUAAACUUUUGUUGGAAUCAAAAUAUGAUGUACGUGUGUAUGUACUUGAAGGUAUAGUAAAUGAAGAAGAACCAGAGGCUGAAUUUUUCUUUAAAACACCAGUAUUUGAGCCACUUAUACAGCAUAUCCCAAUAAAAAAUGAAACAAAGAAACCUUCGAAAUUUCAAGUUAAAGUAGAAGGAGAGUGGUUUUAUGGACCUCAAAUUUUACGUGUUGCCCCUGGUGAAACUAUACAAUAUCCUUUGACAUUUAAACCCAUGAUGGAAUGUGAAGUUACGGGUAAACUUACUAUACAAAAUGAAGUAGAUGGUACAGAACACAUAAUUAAAACAGAUGGGAUUGGGACAACACCCUUGGCCUUGGACCACAUUGUUAUAAACUGCACCGUGGGAAAAGUGACAGAUAAAUCCAUAAUAGUGCCUAAUUAUACAAAACGUCUCCUGACAUGUAAGGUAACUUCAGAUCUCUCAAUAGUUUGGGGAAAUCCCUGUAUCACCAUAGAACCUGACAACUCAACUCCGUACAUUCUCCAUGUAUGUCCUUGGAAACGUGGAGAAUUCAGAGGUGAAAUUACAUUUUCUGUUAAUAGCAGAGAUAAGGAAGGUUCUCGGGAAGGUACAGAUACUAAGAAAGACAUCUCUUCUCAGGAAACACCAUUAGAUUCAUCUUCCCUCACUUUUGAGGAACACUCAGAUGAAAAGGUUAAAACUCUAAAAAUCUGGUAUCAUCUUGAGAUCCACAGCUCUCCUGGACCUCCUGUAGAUACAAUUGAAAUUCAUCGUAUUGCUCUGGAGACAACUUGUAUUGAAAUUCCCAUCUCCAAUCCAAGAGACAGAUGUAUUAAUAUGGAUGUGAAAUUAACAUCCUCUGCAUUUAAUGGACCAAAGGAAAUGAGACUGAGUGCAUUUGAAUGUGUGAACUACAUUGUAUGGUAUUCUCCAGCAACCACAGGCUAUAAAGAAGAAAGCUUUAUUUUUCAGCCUGAAUCAGGUGAAGAGUUCUGGUAUUUACUGAAAUUAACAACUGAACUUCCAAGAACAAAGAUAUUACCAGAAAUGCAAUGUGAUCUUGGAAAGGAGAUCAUUCAGAACCUUCCUUUACAUAAUCCUACGCAUGAAACUUUAGAGUUGAAAAUAAAAAACAGCAAUCCUGAAAAUUUUGUCAUGGAAAUUAACAAGAAAAUACCAUUGGUCCUCCUACCUCACUCUACCACAGAGCUACCUGUUUACUUUAAACCAUCAGGACUUGGGAGAGAGGGUCAUGAAACUUGUAUUAACUUCUACUGUACUCAGUUUAAAGAAUGGAAAUUCCACCUGCUUGGAGUAGGACUGCUCCCCAGGCCUCUAGAUGUACAAAGGGUAACCACAGUCCUUGGCCUUAAAGCAUCUGUCAUGAUAAAUUUCAAAAAUCCUACUCGUGAAGAUGUUUCCAUUGAUCUCAUAUUAACAAAUAAAGAAAAACCCAAGAAUCUUGUAAUUGACCAUGGCUGGGAUAGCUACUUCCAUGAAAAUGAUGCCUUCCAGUUUAACUCUCUGAAGAAUACACACGGAAUUGUCAUUCCUCCUAAAGGAAACUUAGAUAUCUCAGUUUUAUUUAUACCUUCUGCUAUGACAUUAUACAAAACAAUGAUGAUUGUUAAAGUGAAGAGAGCAAACAACAAAAAGUGGCUUAUUGACAAUUUUGAUGAACUAAGUGCAGAGACUAAGAGAUUUAUUGGAGAAGACCAUGGGGAAACUCAUGCAAUAUAUUGGAUGUACCCUAUCAUUGGACUUCCACAGGCACCGCCCCCUAAAAGUUCUCCAAUUGUCAUAAAAUGUCAGGCCAACAAACGGGUAGAAGAGAAAGUAAAAGUGACAAUGUUUGGCAGAUUUUUUGGCUCACGUCCAUCACAUGAAUUGACAGAAUUUUUAGUGUUUCCGAAAAAUUCACUUAACAGUUUUUAUGAAGAUAUGCAUGUAAAUCCUAAAAGACGUGAAUUUGAGUAUGAAAUAGAAUUUGAAUCUGAAGAUUUAAAGUCUAGCCUGGAAUCCUCGGUAACUUUAUAUUUGUACAGAAAACGAUUUAAUAUAAAACAUGAAUUAAUUUCAUUGGUUUUCAAUCUGAUAUUUACACCAAGAAAGCCAUUCAGGGCUCAUAUCACAUUGAAAAUUGAGUGCAUAACAGAUGGAAUCUGGAAGUUUCCUAUAACAUUGAUUGCUACUGAGCCUGAAGUGGAGGAUGUCAUUGACAUCCAAGGAAUAGGUUUAUUCAAGACAUCUCUUAUGGAAUUUCGACUGACAAGUCAGACAAGGUAUUACGAGCCAUUUAUGGCCUAUUUUCUGCCAGGCAGUGAUAAAAACUUUUUUGUAAAACCUAAUUCUGGAGAACUCCCUCCAUUUUACACAAAAGGAAUUCUCAUCUCUGUAGGAUUUAAACCUCGAAUGUACAGUAAGAAAUAUCAAGCAACACUUGUAAUACAGACAGAUGAAAUAUAUUGGUUGUAUGAAAUAAAUGGGUUACCUCCAUCACCGAGUUCACUGGUACAUGUAAAAGCCAAAAUUGAUUCUACUAAUAAGACGUAUGACAGCCUGAUACCAAUUCAACACAAUUUUAUCCGUGAAAACACUAAACUUCGAAGUACAGGGGUAUCUUCUACUAUUAAAGGUGCUCCUUUAGUUAAGAAGUAUAAAUAA